GCCGGACCACCUCAACAGUCACGUCAGACAAGUGCACUCCACAGAGCGGCCCUUCAAAUGUGAGAAAUGUGAGGCAGCUUUUGCUACGAAGGAUCGACUGCGGGCACACACAGUCCGACACGAGGAGAAGGUGCCCUGUCACGUGUGUGGCAAGAUGCUGAGCUCAGCUUAUAUUUCGGACCACAUGAAGGUGCACAGCCAGGGCCCUCAUCAUGUCUGUGAGCUCUGCAACAAAGGUACUGGUGAGGUUUGUCCAAUGGCGGCAGCGGCGGCAGCGGCAGCGGCGGCGGCAGCAGCAGCGGCGGCAGCAGUGGCAGCCCCUCCCACAGCUGUGGGCUCCCUCUCUGGGGCGGAGGGGGUGCCAGUGAGCUCUCAGCCACUUCCCUCCCAGCCCUGGUGAGCUCCACGUUGGUGGGGGAAGAGCAGAGAGUGGAGCAAGCCCUUCGGUAGUCUUCUCUUCCCCUCUCUCUUCCUACCAACUCCUCACUAGUUCCCUCCAACCAAGGAGCCUCCAGAAAGAAAGGAGGAAGAAAUGCAUUCUUAGGGGAAUUCGCUAGGUUUUAACGAUUUGUUCCUCCUCUCCUCUCCUUAUCAGAGCUGACCCUACACACACCUGUCCCCUCAGUUGUGUUGAAGUCCCAUGGACAGUGGGCAGGGGUGUCAAGAGGACAGGAGCAAGCACUGCCCCUAUCCCCUCUUCUCCCUGUAAGGCCCUGCCCUCCCGGGGAUUUGUGAGCCUUCUCCAGUGGUCCUUGCUCCCCUCCUUCCGGUCUUCUCCCCCUGCUGUCUGCUGCCCCUGCCUGGGGAGUUGGUGCUUUUUUUUCCCAGGGGGAGGGAGGAGAGGAAGGAGAGGAAUCAAAGAUUCUGUCCUAAAGAGGGAGGAUGGUGAGAUUGAGAAAGGACAGAAGCAGGGAAGGCAGAGGUUAUAUCUUCAUAAGAUAGGCUUGUUGGGGUUAGGCCCUAAACAUCGUCCUACUUGAGAAUCUGUCGGGGGGGAAAAAAGUCAAGGGGAUCAAAAGGAGGAGCCACUAGGGCCAGAGGCAGAAUCCGAGGUGGAACUUUAGGGGGCCAGGGUGAAGGAGUGGAACCAGGGACUAGAGGUGCUUCCUGGGGCGGGGGAAAUGCAGCCACAGUGUCUUGCCCUUCCCUCUUCCACCCCCGCUCCAGCCCUGGUCUUUUCUUUUCAUCCUUUUCCCCCAUGACAGAAGCUGUGGCCCUGGCCAUGUCAUCGUGUUCCUGUUGUCCCCUGCAUGUUCCCCCACCCUCCAACCCCUUUUGCGCGGACCCCAUUACAAUAAAUUUUAAAUAAAAACUUG